AUGGAUUGUUUUUCUUCCCCUUAUCUCCACCACCGGUGUCGAACAAAGUCAUCGUCCCGUUCGGUUCGCAAGGACGAGAACUCGGUUCCUGUGGAGCCUCUUCGAAUUUCCCUUGACUGCAUUCAGUCACCGCCGGCAAAGCCUUCAUCGAAGUCUCCGUUGUCUCUCCUCCGAUCUCCGACGAGCUCUCUUCCGCUCAGGGAGCUUCUCAUUCUCUCCCCUUCUUCGGCGCAGAGGUCUAAGGCGCGAUUCGACGAGGAGGCACCUGAGGCUGCCGGAGUGCGGCGCCGGUGCAAGAACCGGACGGCGUCACCGAGGAGUUCGCGACGUUGGAGGCGUGAGGAGAAGGAGGGAGCUCCGGUAGAAGAGGCUGUGAAACAGAAGAAGAGGAGGCACAGUGGGAGACACAGAAAGGAGAGGCUCAGUUUGGUGCCUUUUCAACCACCUUCAACCUCAUCUCAAAAAGCUGAUGAAGAGAAUGGGGGUGAUCUAGAUAGUGUUGGGGUGUUCAUUGCUGAUUUGAUUAUGUGGAGAGAUGUUUCGAAAUCCACCCUUUGGUUUGGUUUCGGGUGUCUUUGUUUCUUGUCUUCUUGCUUCACCAAAGGAAUCAAUGUUAGCGUUUUCUCAGCCAUGUCACGAUUGGCAAUUCUCUUGUUGGGUGUUUCCUUCUUCUCAAACUCAGUUUUCCAAAGAAACCAGGUCCAGAAAAGGAGUUUUACCAAGCUGAAAGAAAAUGAUAUUUUACAUCUUACAAAAUUGAUUCUUCCUGCAUUAAACUUUGCAAUUUCAAAGACUAGAGAGCUGUUUUCGGGAGAACCGUGCAUGACCCUGAGAGUAGCACCUUUCCUUCUACUUGGAGCGGAGUAUGGUCAUCUUGUAACAAUUUGGAGGCUCUGUGCCAUUGGAUUUUUUGUUAGCUUCAGUGUACCAAAGCUUUAUUCUUGUUACUCUGCUCAGAUAAACCAGCGAGUGGAGUACUUGAAAUUGCGUUCAUUGGACACAUGGAGUGCUUGUGCUCACAAGAAGAAAGUAGUCGCAUCGGUGCUUAUUACCUUCUGGAAUCUAUCUACAAUAAAAACUCGAAUCUGCGCAGCAUUUAUAUUGCUUGUAAUACUCAGAUAUUUCCGGCAAGAUAUCAUGGAACAUGUAGAAGCUGAUGAGGUGCUAGAGAAGGAUCAGCACCAGGCAGUGGUGUUGGUGACAGAACAUGAGGAAGAUGAACUGCAGCGUGCACUAGUGGUUGCUGAACGAAAGCGCCAAUGCUAG